UCUGUGCUUUUUAUAGAGAAUUAAAGAGAUAUGGAACAUAACGUUCCAUAUUAUAGAAACGAAUAGCGCGAAGACUAUAAAGAAAAAGGAAACGGACACGGCGAGUUUUUUAUUCAUGCCGAGUGUAGGUCAAUGUUUCAUCUUUUACUUCGUGUUAAUGUUCAUCGUAUGCCUGGCUAAAGAUGCUCACAUCGUGGCCAGAUGGGCGGAUAAAUUGGGUACUGAGUUAUGGGAACUCGCGAACGAAGUAAGCCGACCCGAGGAAUUGUUAGAAAAAUACAAAAGCAUGAACGCGCGAGUUGAAGAUAAAUCCGGAGAAGAGUUGAUCAACAUAAUUAGCGAAAAUGUAGGUAGGAUGCUGCGUCGAAAGAUGGACGCAGUUACCUGCAUUCGAAUAGCAGCCGAAGAGGCUGCGGAGAACUGGGACCCAUCUCUCCUAGACGGCAACUUCUCCUACGUUUCCGGUAAAUGUAGUCCUGUCAUCGGUCAUGAUUCAGCAAACAAGAACUGUGACAUUCACAAGGAGAAUGUGACCGUGUUCAGAGAUAUGGAACUGAUUUCGGACUCGCAUUUCUACAACAUUCCGGUAAAUACGACUUACUCAUCAGUUCAUAUACCAAUCAAUGUGUACGAUCUCACGCAAGAUGUAGCUGAAGAUAUAGCGAGAACUGAACCGUUGGACGAUAUAUUUCGUCAGAAUUACGAAUCUGAUCCGGCAUUGUCGUGGCAAUACUUUGGUACAGUCACUGGUGUACUCCGACAAUAUCCUGCUAUGCAAUGGCGAACGAAUCUCAAAGACACCAAUGACGAUGAUGAUAACGAUAACACAACUAAUGAUAAUAAUAAUAACAAUGUUAGCAAUAACGAAGACAUCGAUGAUGUUAAUGAUAAUGAUGACGACGAUGAUGAUUCUCCUGCUGAUCAGUACGACGACGAUGAUGAUUCUCCUGUUGAUGAAUACGACUGCAGGUUACGUAAUUGGUUUAUCGAGGCGACCACAUGCAGCAAGGAUAUGGUGAUCCUAAUGGACGUUAGUGGCAGCAUGAAGGGCUUUGGAAAGACAAUUGCAAAGACGACAGUGAACUCGAUUUUGGACACCUUAUCGAACAAUGAUUUCGUCACACUGCUAAAAUACAAUAACGAGACGACCGAUUUCGUGCCAUGUUUUAAGGAUAUGCUGAUUCAAGCCACUCCAGAAAAUCUCGACACAUUCAAAAAAUCUAUGAACAAAAUUGACACAGAUAAUGUCGCUAAUCUCACGGAGGCUUUCACUAAAGCAUUCAGUCUACUUAAAACUUAUCGGCAGAAACGCGGCUGUAACGCCGACUCACCGUGUAAUCAGCUCAUCAUGCUUGUUACUGACGAUGUUCCUGGAGGGACAUUGGGGAAUAAUUUAAAGAAGGUAUUCAAAAAAUGGAAUUGGAAUGAAAAUAGUACUCAUAUACCAGUGCGAGUAUUCACAUAUCUUAUAGGUAAGGAAGCGACAAAAAUGAAUGAACUCCAAUGGAUGGUAAGAUCGUGUCUAAAUCUUGGCGACUACAAACAAGUACAGACUCAGGAAGAAGUGCGCGAACAAGUGCUCAAGUACAUUCCAGUCGUAGCGCGUCCUUUGGUACUUCAGAGUGUGAUACAUCCUAUCGUGUGGACGCACACUUAUGCUAACAUUACGCUGCACAAGGACGAGAACAUCGAGAAAAAUUCAUCCACCCUGAAUACUACAACCCGGCAAAAAUACAGACUGUUGACUUCCGUAAGCACUCCUGUGUUUGAUCGUAAGAGCAAUCACAACAACAUGACAGAUGCGGCAAAUGACACACUAUUCGGCGUGGCUGGCACAGAUGUGCCGAUUGAUGAUAUUCGUGAACUUACAUUACCGUAUAAACUCGGCGUGAAUGGCUACGCCUUUAUUGUAUCCAAUAACGGCUAUGUAAUAUUGCAUCCAGACCUCCGGCCAGAUUACAAAGGCCGACUUAAAUUGAACUAUAAUAGCAUCGAUCUUACGGAGGUAGAGAUACUUGACGAUGAACGCGAGCCAAGGAAUCCAGGACCUGAAUUAUUGGAGCUGAGAUCAGCGCUGGUGGAUCACAAGCGAGGUAACAUGAUGGAGAUUCCCGUGAAAUUACAUUAUGAUGACAAUCGUCGGGUCAACCUUGAGAAACGUGAUUAUUUUUAUGCGCCCCUACCUGGCACUCCAUUUAGUAUUGCGAUUGUUUUAUCCAAUUAUGGAACUACCUGGAUUAAGGUCGGCGAUGAGAUUCGCAGAAACCAGAAUAUGAAUGUGAAUGUGUCGGAUUAUUUUGUGGGCGAUCAUUGGCGCAUACAUCCUAGCUGGGUAUAUUGUCGUUAUCAUUAUUUGGAAGGUCAUGAAUUCAAUAAACCGGAAGACGAGUUGCGUCAUUUCUUAGCGCUGAUGAGCCGUCCUGGUUGGCGUUGGUCUGAGCAAUAUGAAGCUUAUUCAUCUAUAAAUGAAGAUGUUGAUGAAGAACCCAACUGUGGCAGACAAACGCUCGUGCACGAUGACUACUAUUGCAACAAAGAACUUAUGCAGUUGCUUGUAUUUGAUGCCAAGGCGACGAACAACAGCUUCCAUGGUGAUUAUAUGGAGAAUUUAUCUCCAAGGGCUCGGGAUCUCGCACAUCACUAUGGUAUUUUUAUAAGAUUUAUCGCGACGCAAAGCGGGCUGACCAGGUGGCAUCAUCUUAAAACCAGCAAACUGCCGAAUGUGGAUGACAGUAUUGUUUUCGGUGAUCUUCAUAGACGAGCAGUGAACGAACCUUGGUACAAAGGCGCGAUCUUUCAAAGUGAACUAGAUUCCGAAAGUAUUUCUUUAUCUGUUCCAUGGGAAGCAGGCGUGGACGCGAUAGUGACUGCUUCAAUGAGCCUGUCACCCAAGGAUGGCGGCAAGAAAGCACCAGCGGCUGUAAUGGGUUUUCAGAUGCCGAUGAAAGAUCUGUACAAACGGUUUAUUGCAUUAAUCUCAGACAAUCAGACGACAAAUACAAUAAAUUGCGCCCACAAUUGGAUUUACUGCUACCUGCUAGACCAAAACGGCUACAUAGUGAUCUCAGAUGAACAUAAUGACACCGGACAAUUUAUGGGCACUCAGGAGGGUGCCGUCAUGCUAUCGAUGAUUAAACAGGGUCUUUAUAAUCCGAUUGACAUCUUUGAUUAUCAAGCAUGGUGUUAUGAGACCCGAAGCGAUAACUCUGCUAACAGCUUAAUAGAACCGUUGCAACAUGUUGCAAGAUUGUUGCUCUGGUUUCUGCUGCGGUUGAUAUGGUAUGCGACCCAGUUUGUAAACUUGCCCGGCAUUCAUGGCAAAGUUCACUUCGAUGAGGAUGCACCAGAUCCGCCGCCACCACCAGAAUACUAUCGUUAUUACUAUUCUUGUGAUCAAAAGCGAACACUCUAUAUAUUGAACGAGACCGUUGCUGCUAAAGGCGUCACCAAUCACUCCGAUUACUGUUCGCGGCCUUUUUAUGCUCAGAGAGUUGCACACACUAAUCUGUUACUAGUUGUGGUGGACAGCAUGUAUCCAACGUGCUUGGACAUAAAAUUAGAAGUAACACCUGUCAACAUCUCACCCCUCGAAUACGCAAAUAACACGGGCGACAAACCCUGUCACAAAAUUCCAUUGAACACUCUAAAAAGACGCAGGCUGAAGAGUUGCUUCACAGAACAUCCUCUGGAGCAUAUGACUUAUGGCUGCGGAGCAUCUGAACUGAUGGUGUCUUUGUUACUAUUACAUAUCACUGUUGCUAGGAUUCUGUAUAUCUUCGUAUGAUGGCAAAUUAGUCGUCCUUAGUAUAUGGUAACUGUGUUGUUUUACAGAAAAUAAUAAGAUAAUAAAAAAUGA